AUGCUGGACCUAGAGCUCAUCUACCACUGGACCCUCUGGACCCACGACUCACUCACACUCAGCCCCCUACUUCGGACUUUCUGGCUCAGGAAUACCACCAAGGCAGGCUUCCGCUGCGAUUAUGUCAUGCGGAGCAUUCUUGCUCUCUCGGCUGUUCACCUAGGUCAUGUUAACCCCGUCAGAAGCGAAACGCUUGUUCGGUAUGCCCUUACUCAGCACAACCUGGCUGCCGCAACUGUCAGGGAGUUGAUACAUCACCAUGAUGAUUCAAAAGGAACGGAAACGGCGGAGAACCUAUUCCUGUACUCCGUUCUUAUCAACUUCUAUGUCAUCUCUCAGACCGAUGACCCCCACGCCGCCUUCUUCGGUCGCACCGGAAAGACGGAAAACGACACUCCUGACUGGAUGGCCUUCUUCAAAGGCUCUAGGAAUCUCUCGCUGGUCUCGUCGUUACUCGUCAGCCACAGCCUCACCCAUCCUCUCAUUGAGCAUAUGGUGCAGAUGUACUUCUACCGGGAUCUCGUUGCUCACGGCCCUUACCUCAACUCGCUUCUUCAGCACAUAAACACUGAGAAAGAAGGCUGUUCCAAGUCAGAGAUUUCCACUUAUUUGCAUGCGGCUCAGGAACUAGAAGCCACUUUCGGGGUGCUAUGCGAGUAUCCCGAGACCCGAGAGAUAAUCCAUGCCUUUCUCCUGAUAAGUAAUGUGUCAGACCACAGGGGAGACUUCGUUGCCUUGCUCCAACAGCCCGAACCAUCACAAGAGGCCUUGGUGAUCUUCACGUACUUCUGCAUGAUCCCACGACGACUUCCACCGCGCUGGUGGUCAGAGAGGUGGGUCAAGGGACUUGAAGAUGGUGCUUUCAGCUUGCUUGACAAUGAACAUAAAAAUUGGAUCGUUGAGCCACCGCCUUGGGACAGCUGA